AUGCCUUUCAGUAGACAAAAUGUUCCAAGGACCAAGAUAUUUCUUGCGUCAGGCAUCGUAGCAUCCGUUUUUGUAAUCUUGCUCAGUUUGAGAGGGGUCAUGAACAGUACAUUGUCGUCGCCAUCCAUAGCUAACAUUCACGUCGACCACCAACCAUCCUCCAUUUCAAAUCUCCACGCUGAACAAUAUACCCCAGCUCCACCGCACGUCGACGACAUAUUUUCUUCUGCGGAGACUGUUGAAAGCAAAGAUUAUCACGAUUGGAACGCGAGAACGUUGAGAGAUCUCUACUCAUGCAUUUCAAUGAAGAAUUGUGGGAAGAAUCAGCAAAAGAUCGCCCUUCUGGCUUCACAUUGGUUUGAGGAGGCUGUUGUGCGAGGGUGGAGAGGCGGAGAGGGUAUCUGGGGGAUGUCCAUUUAUAAGAACCUUAGAUUAAUGGGGUAUACAACACUCUUCGCGAACAGCUUCGAGGAGGCGUUGGAGCAAUACCGCCUGUUCCCUGAUCUGGUCAAAGUUGUCAUACGAAACCGAGCAGGGGAAUGCCACGAGAACCCACAUUGUGUAAAAGGUCCCAUGAAUCCUCGAGGAAUACCGGCCUGGAAAAUAUUUGAUUUCGAAUUUUUUCCAUCUGUAGGGGGACACCCUUAUGCCACGCCAUUGGGAGGGAAAUGGAUUUUGUCCGCCAAUCCAGAUCCCCGUUUCAUCGCGGAGGAAGACAGCCCUCUUCAAUAUAUAGGGUAUUCCAUCGAGGAAGAUUGCCAGAAAAUUCCCGUCGUCCGGCUUUAUCAUCGUUCAAACCAAGUGUGGAUGCUCAUGAAGCAGAUAAAGUACGUUUACGACGACAGAUUUACUUGGAACCGUUCGUAUUUCAGCAUGGCGGCCCAGGAGCUGGAGAUGAACUUUGUAGGUGGCUGGAUGCUCGAUCAACAUUAUCUGGGAUGGGAUCCUAAAACACAAGGAGACAUGCCUGAUAUAGCGGAUCCUGGGCACGGCGUUAUCAAUUUCGGUCCAUUGAGCAUGGACGACUUUAUGGCCCAUGUCGGGUUAAGUAAAGCUAUGGUGGGGGUUGGAAAUCCAUUCUGGAGCCCAUCACCGUAUAAUGCUUUGUGUCAGGGUGUCCCUUUCAUUAACCCUAUUAUCAACUGGAAAAAAGAUGAACCAUGGAAUAAGUCACACUGGCACACACAACAUCCAUCUCUGAACCAAUUCGAGCCACCAUUUAUCCCUCAACACAUGACAGAGCUCGCCGUUAGGGAACGACUGAAACGCUUGAUGGAAACAGAUUGGAAAGAACUCGCAGCGUCUUUACUUGAACAACGCGUACAGGAGGUCAAGAGCGGAAAGAAAGUAUAUAUUUUUGAACUUUAG